AUGAGUAUACAUGUCUACUGGGGGCAACUCUUCAUCAUACCUACUGGAGUUCUUAAAGAAGUGAUUAGUGUUUGUAGGUGUUUUCUUUGGACUGGCACCUAUAAUAACACUAAAGCUUGUGCCAUUGCUUGGGCUGAUAUGUGCAAAACAAAAAAAGCUGGAGGUUUAGCUUUGAGGGAUGUAUUGAAAUGGAACACAGCAGCAGUUAGCAAACUUGUCUGGAGCAUUGCACAGAAGAAAGAUAAUCUUUGGAUUAAGUGGGUGAAUAGCAUUUACAUCAAAGAGUCCAACUGGAGAGAGUAUGUUGUCCCUAGCAAUGUUAGCUGGACAUGGAAGAGCAUAUGUAAGGCUAAAGAAGAGCUAAGUAAUUGGUUGGGGAAUGACCUUUGGCUUACUUAUAAUGUUUUCAGCAUAAAGAAACAUUAUGUGAACACAUUAGGGCAAGCUACAGCACAACAAUGGGCCUAUAGUGUUUGGAAUAGAUACAACAUUCCUAAACACAGGUUUAUCUUAUGGCUUGCAGUUCAAGACAGAUUGAAAACUCGUGAGAGACUGUCCAGAAUUGGUGUUAGUGACUCUGAUAGGUGCCUAUUGUGCCAACAACAUUCAGAGAAUAUGGACCAUCUUUUCUUUAGGUGCCACUUCAGUGCUCAGUGUAUAAGAGAUGUGUUGAGUUGGUUAAAUAUUACAUGGAAUGGCAGGGCCGGGAUUCUGCAAUUAUACAGAAGAAUUAGAGGCCCUUAUGCAGGGACUAAAUUCAGAAAACAUGUGACGUUUGCUGCAAUAGCUGCUGUGGUUUAUUUGAUCUGGAAAAACAUAUACAGUGCCUACUGGGAAGAUGUUAUUCACACUAUUGCUUGCACUGUUAAAAAUUUAAAAAGCAUAGUUAAGGCUCGUAUCAGUCAAAUCAUGAGUAGUAAAGUGAGUCAUAGUGAUCAGAAUUGGUUUGCAAACUUGUGA